GGCCUGCAGAGACUGAGGCUGCCCUUGGCACUCUAAGACUCUCUAGGGAUAUUACUCUGCACCUCUUAAAAGCAGUUCCAUACCAGCUCUCGCGUCUGCAUGGUGAUUCCUGCUGAAUACUCUUGAUCACAGCUGAACUAUUAUCCAUGCAUCUGUUUGUUAAAUUCACAAAGAGAAAACAGCUGACAUCAUGGAAGGAAAGAAUCAAACAGCUCCAUCUGAAUUCAUCAUCUUGGGUUUCUCCAACCUGAAUAAAUGGCAGUUUUUACUCUUCACCGUCUUCUUUCUGACUUACAUAUGCACUUUAGGAGGGAACAUUUUUAUCAUCUUGGUGACCAUGGCUGAUUCCCACCUACAUACACCCAUGUAUUAUUUUCUGCGAAACCUUGCCUUUAUUGACAUCUGCUACACCACUACUAAUGUCCCCCAGAUGAUGGUGCAUCUUUUGUCAGAGAAGAAAACAAUUUCCUAUGGAGGCUGUGUGGUCCAACUUUUUGCCUUCAUUUUCUUUGUAGGCUCAGAGUGUCUCCUCCUGGCAGCAAUGGCAUACGAUCGAUACAUUGCUAUCUGCAAGCCCUUAAGGUAUUCAUUUAUCAUGGACAAGGCCCUGUGCAGCUGGCUAGCAGCUUCAUGCUGGACAGGUGGAUUUCUCAACUCAGUGGUGCACACAGUUCUGACCUUCCACUUGCCCUUCUGUGGUAACAAUCAGAUCAAUUAUUUCUUCUGUGACAUACCUCCUUUGCUGAUCUUGUCUUGUGGGGAUACGUCCAUCAAUGAACUGGCUUUGCUAUCCAUUGGGAUCUUCAUAGGUUGGACUCCUUUCCUCGGCAUCAUCCUUUCCUACCUUUCCAUCAUCUCCAACAUCCUGAGGAUCCAGUCCUCUGAGGGGAGGCACAAAGCCUUUUCCACCUGUGCCUCCCAUUUGAUCAUUGUUCUUCUCUAUUACGGCAGUGCCAUCUUCACAUACGUGCGGCCCAUCUCAUCUUACUCGCUAGAGAAAGACAGGUUGAUCUCAGUGCUGUAUAGUGUUGUCACCCCCAUGCUGAACCCUGUAAUUUAUACACUGAGAAAUAAGGAUAUCAAAGAGGCUGUGAAGACGAUAGGGAGAAAAUGGCAGCCACCCGUCUUCUCUUCUGAUAUGUAA